GAUUAGUAGGAAACAGAAGAUUAUACAUUUUAAAUACCGGUGUUGGCCCUAAUGGUGUGGAGAUUGAACGAAUAUAUGAUACUAAAGAUGGUUUAUUUGAUUGCUCUUGGAGUGAAGUUAAUGAGAAUCAAACUGUUACUGCUAGUGGAUUUUCCAAUAAAAAAAUGGAAAAACAUCAAAGAGAGGUUUUUUCUGUAUAUUGGAAUUUAAUCAAAAAAGAUUCUUUUGUUAGUGGUUCUUGGGAUCAUACUAUCAGAUUGUGGCGUCCUGAAGUUCCACAAUCAUUAUCCAUAUUCUCUGAGCACACUGCAUAUGUGUAUAGUACUAUUUGGUCUCCUUAUAAUCCUUAUGUUUUUGGUUCUGCUUCUAGUGAUAAUACUUUCAAAGUCUGGGAUGUAAAAAUUCCAAGAUCCGCCCAAACUAUACGAGCUCAUAGCAAUGAAAUUCUUUCUCUAGAUUGGAAUAAAUAUCAGGAGAAUGUUAUUGUCACUGGUUUGUCGGAUCGUACAGUAAAAGUAUGGGGUUUAAGAUUUCCUGAUCGUGAAGUAACUUGUUUACAUGAACGUCAAUACGCUAUAAGAAGGGUGAAGUGUUCUCCAUAUGAUGGCAAUAUUAUUGCUUCUGCUUCAUAUGAUAUGACAGUGAGAUUGUGGAACACUACUUUGAUUGAUCCUUUGAUGAUGCAUAUACUGAAUUUGUUUUAG